UUCGGGAUGCUGUACCCUGCCUACGCUUCCUACAAGGCUGUGAGGACCAAAAACAUCCGGGAAUACGUCCGCUGGAUGAUGUACUGGAUCGUCUUUGCGCUCUUCAUGGCCACGGAGACCAUCACCGACCUGCUCAUCUCCUGGUUUCCCUUUUACUACGAGAUUAAGAUGGCCUUCGUCAUCUGGCUGCUCUCCCCCUACACCCGGGGGGCCAGCCUGCUCUACCGCAAACUCGUGCACCCCACGCUGUCCCGCAAAGAGAAGGAGAUCGACACGUACAUCAUCCAGGCCAGGGAGCGCGGCUACGAGACGAUGGUGCGCUUUGGCAAGAGGGGCCUCAACAUGGCAGCCACGGCCGCGGUCCAGGCGGCUGCCAAGAGCCAGGGUGCGCUGGCCGGGCGGCUCCGCAGCUUCAGCAUGCAGGACCUGCGCUCCAUCCCCGACGAGGCCCCCGUGCACUACCGGGACCCCCUGUACCUGGAGGAGCAGGAGAGCCGCAGGCAGCUGCUGGGUGAGCUGGCGGGGGGAUCACAGCGGUGGGGGGCUUGA